GAUUUGGAACCACUGUAUGAUCUUGGAGCCAAGAUGGUGGACCGAUUAGCCAAUACAGAGGCCAACGAGAGAAGAAUUACCAAUGUGGAAAGUUGUUUUGGAGCAUCUGGACAACCAUUAUUGGUUCCAGGAAGAGUACUGGUUGGUGAAGGUGUAUUAACCAAACUGUGCCGCAAGAAGCCUAAACCACGUCAGUUUUUUCUGUUUAAUGACAUCCUUGUUUAUGGAAAUAUUGUCAUUAACAAGAAGAAGUACAAUAAACAGCAUAUAAUCCCACUGGAAGAUAUCAAACUGCAAUCCUUGGAUGAUGAUGGAAAUUUAAAGAAUGGUUGGCAAAUCAUUAGUGCAAAGAAGUCAUUUGCAGUGUAUGCUGCUACAAGGACUGAAAAAGCUGAAUGGAUGGCACACAUCAACAAGUGCAUUCAGGACUUGUUGGCAAAAACUGGAAAGAAGGGAACCACGGAACACGCUGCAGUCUGGGUUCCAGAUAGUGAGGCAUCCACUUGCAUGCACUGUUUCAAGAGCAAGUUCACAGCAUUAAAUAGAAGGCACCACUGUCGGAAGUGUGGUGGAGUUGUUUGUGGUAACUGUUCCACCAAGAAGUUCCUCCUCCCUGCUCAGUCUUCAAAACCACUGCGAGUGUGUGACAACUGCUAUAAUGUUUUAUCAAGUGGCAAGACCCAGUCAGAUCAAGAAUCAAAGAAAAAAACUGCUCCUACUCCACCACGAAAAGCAGAAAAAGAAGGAGACGAAACAUCAUCAGGAGAGGAGAACUCAGAUGAUGAUGAGGCUCCUUCUGAGAAUCCUGCCUCAUCAGAGUAUCAAGUACCUACCACGCCUACAUUUUACCAAGGCAAUCAGGUGCCUGCUAAGGGGGAGGCGGACAGUGGAUAUGCAGAACCCAACUCAAAUAAAGUAUGAUGCUGCACCAAAAUGAAGGAUUUGAGAGCUGAGAUGUUUAUCAAUGAAAAGGAAGCAUAUUUCAAUGUGGAAGAAGUUUUUUUAAAAUAUGGUUAUUUACAGAUAUAUAUAAUUACAUCCAUGAACCAAAGGAAAGCCAAUCAUUUCAAAGUUACAUUACAAACUUUUAUUUUAGUGAAUUGGACAAUGUGUCCUUUGUGGAUGGGAAAAAUCAGAGACAAUUUUCAAGGCAUCCCUUUUUCCUGCUGGUGCAGUACAUGCUUACCCCUCUUAGUUUACUUUAAAGAUUGGAAUCACAGGACAAUUGGCUCUCAACGAGGGAUCUUCAGUACAAGAAGUGCAGCAAAGCCUCUCAGCUUUUUUCCCAUAACAGUGAAACAUUCAUUAAGCAGAAAAAAGCCAUAGAGAACCCCAAUGUUUCCUGCAAGAAAUGAUUCAAAACUACAGUUAAACAAAAAGUUCAAAUAACCCUUUUCUCCCAAAAUAGGAUUUAUGAUCUGUCCUUUAUGUAUAGCAUUCCUAUACUUUCAUUAAUUACAUGUAAUAAGAGGGGAUUAUUUAUCAAUACAAUUUUUAGGGCUGACCAAUCAAUUCUCAGUGCCUGCUUUCUUGACAUAAUAUGGAGAUUGUGCGUAGAGGUUACGUGUUGAUCAUUCUUUGGAGUAAAAGGGGAUAAGAAGAGAUCCUGUAUUUAGUCAAUACUGGGCUAUACUUUUCCCUCAUGCUUUGUUCCAAGGGACUUGAAUGAAAAAAAAAAAAAACACUUCUAUGAAGGCCACUUAAGCUCCGUUAACUCUAGGUGUCUGCUUAGCCCGUUAACCCUCAGAGUGCCUAGCGUCCAGUUUCUCCCUACAAUAUCUCUUCUGAAAUCAAACACAAAGGUCAUGAGAAUAGAGGAAAUUAUCACCAACUAAAGAAGCUCUUGAUUGUUAAACAAAUUCUUCUUGCUGACACCUUAGGAAAUGUAGAGAGAACAGUAAGGAGAAUAUGCAUUCUGAUGUCAGGGUGUAAUGGGUUAAGACAGGAUUCACUGUGGUCUGUAUUUCUAGGGGUGAUAUGUAGUUAAAUAGAGCAAAGACCAAAGUUUUUUCUGCAGCCAAUGAAGUUCAAAAGAAUCUGUACAAAGACCUGAAUUGUAACAAUUCUAAGUUUUGUCACAAUGAAGCUUUCUAAUAGAAAUGAGAAUAGAACAAAUACUGUUUUAAAUGUUUGUGUCAAAAAUAUCACAAUUCAAAUGAUAAAUGUAUUUUUUUAGCUGAAACUCCAGAAGCAAAUUCUCAAAUCAAUUUUUGUAAUUAUACACACUCAGUUAAUGAUAAGAAAUCACCUAAAUGACAUUCCACAAAUGCUUUACUCACUACAAUUAAUUUUUUCAUGUGCUUAAAUGUAAAUGAUAAUAAAUACAACGCAUGAUUAUCAAA